AUGUUGCGCAAAGAACCCAAGCUGCCCGCUAAGCAGCUGACGAUACUAGCAAUAUGUCGUUUCGCGGAACCUGUGGUAUAUACAUCGGUUCUACCAUAUCUGCCCGAAAUGAUGGAAAGCGUCGGCGUGCACAAAAACGAAAUCGCAAAAUGGGUCGGCAUCUCCUCCGCCAUCGUCGCCGGCUGCCAGUGUAUCAUGGCCGUCCCUUGGGGCACAUUAUCCGACCGCAUUGGACGCAAAUACUCGAUCCUGCUGGGUCUCACAUCAACCAUGUUUUUCAGUCUUGUCUUUGGAUUCUCGCAAUCGCUCACAACGUUACUUGUCUCCCGAGCGUUUCUGGGGCUUAUGAAUGGUAACGUCGGCAUUAUUAGGACUAUGGUUGCUGAACUCGUGCGCGAGAAGGAACUUCAACCGCUGGCGUUUAGUAUGAUGCCGUUGGUCUGGUCGAUUGGUAGUAUUUUUGGACCGGCGUUUGGAGGUGCACUGGCCAAUCCGGCUGUUAAGCAUCCCCAGAUUUUUGGGAAUUGGGAGAUUUUUAAGAAAUAUCCCUUUGCGUUGCCGAAUAUUCUGUCGGCGAUUCUGUUUGUUGUGGGUAUCAUGACGGGUUUUUUGUUUCUUGAGGAAACCCUGGAGAGUCGAAAGCAUAAACUUGACUAUGGUCUGGUUCUGGGGCAGACGUUGACGCAGUCAUGUUCCUCGAAAAGAUCAAAACCGCAUCACCGAAAGAUCCACACUUCAGUAAAUGAACGAACUGGCCUUCUCGCCUCGGACGAAGAGAGCGCCGCUCACGAAGAAAGAAAUAACACAAUACCAACCUCAAAAGCCACGACCUAUGGUACUAAUAACGACAGCCCAGAUUAUGACAUUAUCGAACCCAAAAAGAAGACUUCUAGCAAAUUCAAAACCAUCUUCACCCCACAGUCGACCCUCACCCUGAUAGUUUAUGGCAUGUUAGCAAUGCACAGCAUGGGCUUCGACUCCCUCUUCCCCGUAUUCCUAUACCACCCCAAACAAGACUUGACCAACAAUCCAGACGUCCAACUCCCCUUCAAAUUUACCAGUGGCUUCGGACUCGUUGGACCCGCACUGGUUGGUGAAGCGUUUACGGUGGGCGUGAAGUUGGGGUAUGUCAUUAUUCCGUGGUGGAUUUUGACGGCGCUCACGGUUGUGGCGGCCAUUCCAGUGUUUUGGAUUCAGGAGACGGAUGGGUUCGCGCCGGAUGAUGAGGGGGUGGAUGACGAUGAUGAUGAACGAUCGCAAUAA